CGAGCAACAGGAAGCAUCCUCCGUCACCUCUCCUUGUUUCCUUUCCUCUGUUUCCUCUCCUUUCCUCCACUCCUUACUUUCCCCUGUCUCACCUCCUUUCCUUUAGUCUCCUCUACUUGUUGUAUUCACCUUUUACUUCUCUCUCCUCUUUACGUCUUUUCCUCUCCUCACCUUUGCUCUCCUUGUUUCCUUUCCCCUGUCACCUCACCUAGUCUAGUGUCCUUCCUCCUUGUCCCCUCUGUCUCCUCUCCCCUCCUCUCCUCCCCCCUCCCUCCGCACCUCCACCCCUAUCCUCGCGUUUCUCCAGCCGUCUUCAGGCUCUCCUCCUCGGCCACUCUCCGCUCGCCCCCCGCAGUCUGCAGCAGCUUCAUGUCGAUGAUCUUUCUGGAGAAAGCUGUCUCUAUGAAUUCCCUGAUUUAAGAGCUCGUGAGGAAAGUGAUGCAGCUUUAUUAAAGGAAGCAGGGUUAUUAUGACGUUUGAGCAGCAGGAGCAGCGACUCUCUGCAGACAUGCAGAAGGUGGAGGCUCAGGUGACUCCGGCUCACCUCCCUGCGUCACGAGGGACGACCCCGGGGUCUCCGGCUACUAGCAUCACGGCGCGCGUGGACGACCAGCUCGUCGGCUACAGAGACCUGGCGGCACUGCCAAGAGACAAAGCCAUCCUGCAGGUGGAGAGACCCGACCUGAUGACCUACCAACCACACCUCACCUUCUCCUCCCUGGACCCCCUCCCCAGAGAGUGUCUCCUUCAGUGUCUCUCUCCUUCACUCACGUCUCACUGUGUUUUCCAAUGUUUCAGAUCCAAGUCUAACCUGGGCCGUCUGAAUCCUGAAGGAGGAAGAAGAAAAGGCCAGUUCAAUAUGAGGAAGACGCAGUUCUGCGGAACAGAACGCACAUGCACACCUAGUUUGUCAGCAGGAGCCACCAGGUCUCCUUCCCGUGGAUUGACCCGGAUGCAGUCUGCAGAGUUCGCCUCGGAGAAAGGGCAGCCAGCCGCUGAGAAUGGAGAUGCUCGAAGGGAGAGGAUGGACAGAGGAAACUCUCUGCCGAGUAUCCUGGAGCAGAAGGUGUAUCAGUAUGAGGCUCUGAUGGUGACCCACAGGGGACGCUGCAGGCUGCCGCCGGGCGUCGACCGCACCAGACUGGAGAGACAUUUGGCCCCCGAAGUGUUUCAGCAGACUUUCGGGAUGCCGAUGGCCGACUUCGAUCGUCUUUCUCUCUGGAAACGAAACGACCUGAAGAAGAAGGCCCAGCUCUUCUAACGUGAUUAACAUCCGACCAAUCAGAACCCUGGAUUCCCCCUGAAGGCUGGCCCUCGUUAACCCCCGUCCAAUCCGACACUCGAGUCGUUACCUGUGCUGCACUUAUACUCACCUGUCACACACACACACCUUUGGUCUCUAACACACACAUUCUGCUGUCAUGAAGCUGGUUUCUCUAAGGGCUCGGGAUGAGCAGAUUCAAAACUGCUGAACCAAUCAGAUCGCAGGGAUAAAACUACUGACCAAUCAGAUCGCAGGGGGAAAAAAGGAAGCCAAUAGGGACAAAAAGUCACACAUUUAUAAUAAAUAAAGUGACGUUUUUAAUAAAAACAUCUACUGCCAGUCCAGAUUAUGUGGGAUGCAAUAAAGGUGAUAUUAUAUUAUUACAUAUUUAUUCUGUUCGUUUUUAAAGAGACAAACCUCUACAGGACUUCAAUACCAAAAGUUAAAAGGUUUAUUUAUUUCUUGCAAAGUUUUUUCUUAAUAAUUUCAGAUAUUUUUAAUCAAUUUUCCUCCUAAAUUUGCAUAAUUCUCCCUUAGAUUUUGCACAGUUUUUUUCCUGUAAUUUAACCACAAUUUAAGUUAUUUCUCGUAAUCAAACCACUUUAAUCUAAUAUUGGGGUUCUUUCUCUUGAUUUUGCAGGUUCAACCCUAACCCAUCAAACUCAGACACUUCCUCAGUUUUUCUCGUAAAUGCAAAUUGAUCACUGAGAAAAUCAUUGUUUUAUUACGUCUUAAAUUUGCAUAUUUCCCAGAAUUUUACCACUUUUAUCAGAAAGUUUGAGUUUUAUCUCGCAUUUUUUGCAAGUAUAUAUUUUUAUAGACAUAGGGAGUUUUUUCCUGUAGAUUUAACACCUGAGGCGCUUUCACACCGGAGUACUUCUCCCAGGAAUAGUUCCGAUAGUUCUUGGGAUUUUGCGUUCACACCAACAAGAUCUGGAGCUAGAACUUAGUUAGAACCUUUUCACCCCAGAGUCCCUGCUAGAGAGGAAAUGGUUCGUGGGUGUCGGCAAAACUAACAAUUUCUGAUUGGCUGGGCGAAUUGCAAACCACACCCCGUAAAACUACGAAAAGUUUGGUGAAGCCGCCAUUUUAUUUGCUUGCAUUAGCAUUAUUGGCAUUAGCCCAGCUCACCAACGGAGAGAGACUAAUUUAUGGCAACACAAAAUAAAACGUGGGAGCGGUGGAGACGAGAAGGGUCGGCACUUCUGGCGGCAGUAUACGCAGAAGAAGAAGAAGUGACGUCAGCGGCUUCAUUUGAGUAAUCCUCCCUCGGGAACUUAUUCCGGUGUGAACGCGAUGUGCUAGGACAGUUCCAGGACUAUUCCUGUGGAAAGUACUUGGUGUGAAAGCGCCUCUUAUUCUCAGAGAAUAUUUCUUGUAUAUUUUAUAAAUCUCCCGGUAAAUGUGCUUGUGUUUUUCCUAAAGAGUUUUUCUUGUAAAUCAACCAAUUUAAUCUCAGAACAUUUUUGAUUUUUUUCCCAUAAAUCUGCAAUUAUUUCCCCAAAAAUAAACCAAAUCAUUCUCAGAUGUUUGAUAUGAUUUCCGUAGUUCUCCUCACUAAUAGAUGCCUUUAACCCCGGAGAAUAUCUGGUGAAUAAAUCUUAAAAACCAGCUUCAUGACUCUGAGCUGCUUCUGUCACGUACUAAUCAUGUAACAGAUUGUAAUAUUUAUCAUAACGUGGAGCUUUGUAUUUAUUUGAGGAUUGUAAUGUUUACUGUGAAACAUUUCAUUUUGAAAAUAUGUUUUGUUGUACAGUUUUUUUUAAUGACUUCACCGAAACACGUACCUUGCUUGUAAAGGAGCUACUAAUCCAAAUGAUAGCAUCUUCAUCGUUAGCAUCGUCUUCAUCGUUAGCGUCCGUUGGGAAACGCCUCCACGCCAUCCUCCAUGUUUCUGUUGUUCGAUGUAAAGCAGGCAAAUAAAUCUCAGAAAUAUAAA